GAGAGAAAGCGCGAGCGCGAGCGCAGUGACUGGAGAGACAGAGCUGCGCGGCAGCCAUCUUACAGCUUUUCACCGUCCACCGAUCUACAUCUCCUGGAUUUUUAUUUAACGACGGCGAGGUGUACGAGGAGGAAGGGGGAGGAAGCGCCUCUUUUUCAGCUCCUUUUUGGUCAUUUGAAGCAAAACUGCGGGAUGAGGAACGGCAGGUCCAAGCCUCUGUGCUCAGCGGACGGACUCCUCCUGCUGCUGCUGCUCGGACUGUUAUGCGCGGCGGAGGCAGCCAAAGUCAACAAACAUAAGCCAUGGAUCGAGACAACGUAUCAUGGCAUCGUGACCGAAAACGAAGACAAAGUUCUGCUGGACCCUCCGCUGAUAGCGCUGGAUAAAGACGCCCCAUUGCGUUAUGCAGAAAGUUUUGAAGUGACCUUCACCAAAGAAGGGGAGAUUUGCGGCUUCCGUAUUCAUGGCCAGAAUGUUCCGUUCGAGGCGGUGAUGUUGGACAAGUCCACAGGCGAAGGAGUGAUCCGGGCCAAGGACAAGCUGGACUGUGAGCUUCAGAAAGAGCACACGUUCACCAUCCAGGCCUACGACUGCGGAGAGGGACCCGACGGAGCCAACAUGAAGAAAUCUCACAAGGCAACUGUCCAUAUCCAAGUAAAUGACAUGAAUGAGUACUCACCCGUGUUCAAAGAGAAGUCAUACAAGGCUACAGUCAUCGAGGGCAAAGCCUACGACAGCAUCCUGAAGGUGGAGGCAGUGGAUGCUGACUGUUCCUUCCAGUUCAGUCAGAUUUGCAGCUAUGAGAUCGUCACCCCUGAUGUGCCCUUCACCAUUGACAAGGACGGCAACAUCAAGAACACUGAAAAGCUGAACUACAGUAAGGAGCGUGCCUACAAGUUGACCGUGACCGCCUUCGACUGUGGGAAGAACCGUGCCUCAGAGGACGUCCUCGUCAAAAUCAACGUCAAACCGACCUGCAAACCCAGCUGGCAAGGCUUUAAUAAGAGAAUUGAGUACGAGCCCGGCACAGGAAGUCUGGCCCUAUUCCCUAGCAUUCGUUUGGAAACCUGUGAGGAGCCAAUCACCUCCAUCCAGGCCAGCAUCGAGCUGGAGACCAACCACAUCGGCAAGGGGUGCGACCGAGACACUUACUCUGAGAAAUCCCUGCACCGUCUGUGUGGUGCCAGUUCCGGCACUGUGGAGCUGCUGCCCUCUCCCAGCAGCGCUGCCAACUGGACCGCGGGCCUGCCCACUGACAACGGCCAUGACAGCGACCAGGUCUUUGAAUUCAAUGGCACUCAGGCUGUGAAGGUUCCUGACGGUGUGGUGAGCACAAGCCUGAAGGAACCCUUCACCAUCUCAGUGUGGAUGAGGCACGGACCCGGUGGCCGGGAGAAAGAAACCAUCCUCUGCAACUCCGAUAAGACGGAGAUGAACAGACAUCACUACUCCCUGUAUGUGCACAACUGCCGUCUGGUGCUGCUCCUGCGCCAGGAUCCGAGCGAGGCAGAGAACUACAAACCGGCAGAGUUCCACUGGAAACUCGACCAAGUCUGUGAUAAAGAAUGGCAUCACUAUGUGCUGAACAUCGAGUUCCCUGCAGUGUCUCUGUUUGUGGAUGGAGCUUCCUUCGAGCCCUUCCUGGUCACAGAGGAUUACCCUCUCCACGCCUCCAAGAUUGAAACUCAGCUCACUAUUGGCGCCUGCUGGCAAGACCUCUCAGGACAUGACAAUGACACAGAGACAGGCUCAGAGCCUUUGACAGGCGGCAGCGCCCACAUGAGCCAGUACUUCCGGGGUAAUUUGGCCGGCCUCAUGAUCCGCUCUGGGAAGCUGGAGAAUAAGAAGGUGAUCGACUGCCUGUACACGUGUAAGGAAGGUCUGGAUGUGCAGCUCCCAGAGGAAGUAGCUUCUGCCGUGAAGGUGGACUUUAACCCCAAUCAGUCUUCUCUCACUCUGGAGGGAGAUGAUAUCGAGAGCUUCGAGAAGGUCAUGCAGCACAUCUCCUACCUGAACUCCAGGCAGUUCCCCACACCAGGAAUACGCCACCUGCGUGUCACCACCACCGUCAAGUGCUUUAACGAGGAGACGUGCAUCUCUGUGCCUGACGCAGAGGGCUAUGUGAUGGUCCUUCAGCCAGAGGAACCAAAGAUCAGUCUGAGCGGAAUCGAUCACUUUGCACGCGGAGCGGCAGAAUUCGAGAGCACCGAGGGUGUGACGCUGUUCCCUGAACUGCGUGUCGUCAGCACCAUCACACGUGAGGUGGAGGCUGAGGUCGAGGGAGAAGAUGAGCCCACGGUGCAAGAGUCCGUGGUUUCUGAGGAGAUCAUGCAUAACCUGGACACGUGUGAAGUGAGUGUAGUUGGCGAAGAUCUGGAUGGAAAUCACGAGAGUCUGGAGGUGGAUUUGGCGCAGGUUCAGCAGCGAGGCCUGGAGAUUAGCUCCUCCAACAUGGGCAUGGUCAUCAUUGGUGUAAACACCAUGGCCAACUACGAGCAGGUCCUGCACCUUAUCCGUUACAGGAACUGGCACCCAGAGGCUCUGUUUGAUAGGAAGUUCAAGCUGGUCUGCUCAGAGCUCAAUGGCCGGUACAUCAGCAAUGACUUCAAGGUCGAGGUCAAUGUGAUUCACACAGCUAACCCAGUUGAGCAUGCUAAUAAUGCAAUGUAUCAGCCUCAGUUCAUCAACCAAGUCAAGCACGCCUCAGUGGACCUGUCUGGACACAACCUGGCCAACACGCAUCAAGCUUCAGUUGUCCCCAGUGCUGCCACAAUCGUCAUCGUGGUGUGUGUAAGCUUCCUGGUGUUUAUGAUAAUUCUCGGAGUGUUCAGGAUCCGCGCCGCUCACCAGCGCACCAUGAGAGACCAGGAGAACGGCAAAGAGAACGAGAUGGACUGGGAUGACUCUGCCCUCACCAUCACAGUCAAUCCUAUGGAGACUUACGAGGAUCAGCACAGCAGCGAAGAGGAGGAGGAGGAGGAAGAGGAGAGCGAGGACGGCGAGGAGGAAGACGACAUCACCAGCGCGGAGUCGGAGAGCAGCGAGGACGAGGAGGGGGCGGAGCCAGAGGACCAGCAGGGCACCAGCCGACAGCAGCAGCUGGAGUGGGAUGACUCCACUCUGACCUACUGACGCUGCCGAGCACACACACCAUUCAGAUAACAUACACACAUACACACAAACACACACUCCACCCACUUGCCCACUCACUCACUGUCUCACCUCUCCACCAGUGGGGAGUCCCAGUUUUCCUUGCCAGAUUCCCCACCUACAGAGCCAUGAGUAAAAAGUCCUUGAAGCAAAAUCCAUAUAUGUAUAUAUAUAUACCUAUAAAUACAUAUUUAUCUAGUGUCUGUGGUGACGGAUGUUGCGGAAUCAGCUUAAUUUCCACUGGCCAAGGCUUCCCUGGUGUCAGCUUAGUGGUGAUGUUCAGUGUAGUAUAAUUAUCACAUAAUAGCUGAAUGCUAGUUAAGUUUUUAAUUUAUUUCUUUAUUAUUAUUAUUAUUAUAUAUAUAUAUAUAUAUUUUUUAUUUCUGGGAUACCUGGCCUAGAUCUUAUUUUUUUUUUUCUUAGCUCUGUAACAAUAUAGCCUUGUAUUCCCUCGUUUUACAUGUUAUGUCAUUUAAAACCGAGAAUGACCUUUUACGUAUAUUGCACACACAAUUUUUGGAAUUCGUUUGCUCCAGAACUUUAAAAAAAGAAAACGUUUUUUGCCUCUUUUGCUUUUGAUAAUGCUUCUUGCUCUUCUUGGUCCUUGUUUGUUUCUCCUCUUUAUAGUGCAUGAAAAUUUGCAAAGUCAUGCGUGUAGAAGAACCUUGCUUUUUGAUAUUUUGUAAAUAUGAUGAAAACCAUGGUGUCCAGUAUCUAAAGCGUUGCAGUACCUGCUGUAGAAUACGUAUUUUGUGUUACAGAGGCUCUGGCAUGUUUCGGGAAAACUUCGGCAAAGCUCUUCCAUCGUGCUUGUGCGCUUUAGAGAGAGAAACCCAUGACAGAGGCUGAGGUUUCUGUGUUUUUGCUUAUUUUGUUUCGUAUUUCGGAGGUGGGUGAUGGUUUCCUUUCUUUUUAAUUUUUUUUUUUUUUUUUAAUUUAACAGAGUGGACGGGUGUGAAAUUGGCUCAUCUAGGUUUGCACAGGUGCAAAUGCUACAACUUGAGGCAUUGUUGUUUUUAAUUUCUGUGAAGUCCUCUAUUGGACAGAGGUUUAUACUUUGGACCCCUCUGAAAAAUCACGUUCAGGUGAUGAUUAUACGUUAUGUUUAAAUGGUACUGUAUGUUGUACAGUUUAGACACUCUACAUUUAAGCCAUCUUGGAGUGGUAGUGGUACUUUUUAUUUUUCCUGUAACGUUGUCUACUCUGUCAUAACCGCUUCUGAUCAAGCCAGUCUGAUGUAACUUGGAUAAAACGGAGCCUCUGGAGUUCGGUGAUGGUUUAGGCGUAAUGACAUCUGUGCAGUGCCCUGAUGGAUGAAAAUACUCUGAUCCUCCUUUACUCCAUUCACUUGCUGUAAUGUUUUUAUUUGGGGAUAUUUAUUCUUUGCUGUAUAAUUCUGCUUGACUUACUCGGUGUGGUUCACUCGCUGCUCGGUCAUUCCAGUCUCCGAAAAUAUUUUAUUGGGAUAUCCGUUUACACGAAUGCUUGAGGAAUUGCGUUCUGAAGUAAUCAUUGACGCUUAAAUUGAAGCAGUUAAGAAUUAUUGUACGUGGAGGUGUGUUCUGGUAAACUCUACAGGCUCGUCUGCAGGUCAUUCGUCCGUUUUAUUCCUCUAAAAGCAGCGGUCUGUUGCCUUUCUGCGUCUGUGAAAAGGUCAGGUUCUGUGGAUAAAAAGCUUUGGAAAGGAAUGUUAAAUAUUUGAGCUAAGGAGAAGGUUAAUGCGUAGAGAGGACGAAGUGUUACUCUAUUUAGACUGUAGUUUUCCUUGUUUUCUGUUUAAAUCUGCUAGAAUCCAAAAGUUUUCUUAUGUUUCUGUAUGUUACUACUGCCGUCAGAGUCCAGUUUAGUUUCUGUUUUUUAUGACUGGCCGGUAAGGACAGGUGUAAAGAUCGCUUCAGAGUGCUUCGGAGUGUCCGAUAAUCUUCCUUUUAAUUGGAAACCUUGUUCGUUUCCCCUAUCACAAUCUGGUAACUGGUUCCCCCUCCGAAAAAGGCUCGGACUCGGACCUGGGCUGCAGUCCACGAUUUAUUUAGUGGAGUUGGGAGUGCCUUUCGCCCAUCACUGCACAUGAACAUCACUAACACAUCCCUCGUCCACACCAUCCUAACCGGUGGCCAUGUUCAUCGUUUGUAAUUACAUUAGGAUUGUACAGCUAUAGCAAAGUGAUUUCUGUUGUAAUUGGGGUCAACAGCUAGUUUUUAUCAGCUAUGAUUGUUUUAAUUGUUCUGCAUAUAGGUGUCCUGUGUUCAUGUCGAUGUGUAGCCAACGUAGGUCCAUAUUGUAUCAUGAAUAAAUAUUGUACUAAAUCAUGUUUGAGGAAAUCCACCUCUAAAGAGAUGUAUAUAAUUGAAAUUCUUUAAGCAGUGUAUGUGGGUAUGAAAUUAACAAUGUGUGAAUAGUGAAAGCUCAUUUUGAAGUAUAUUGCCUGAUUUCCUACCCAAGACACAAGGCAGCAUGAAAAUCACAAAGAACCGGUCAAAUACCCCACCCUCUGCACAGAUUUCUUGCACAAAUUAUGUCACGAUCUGCCAGAAUAUUUUUUUUUCCCUUUCUUUUAUAUAUAUAUAAUACAACCACUUAUCUCUGUUUAUUUGUUUAAACACUGGAUGAAAGCAGACCAUUCCAUGUGUGAAUUAAUGGAAAUGAUGGGGGGGGAAUGACUGUUAGGGUCAGUCUUUCCAGCAGAAAUAUGAUUCUACACGUCAGACAGAGCACUAUGAUUUUUCUUUGUCAUUCUCUGCUCGUGAAUAAAUUGACAUUCUUCUCCAUGUAAUUAAACAUCCACGUCAAGCCUAUAAGAAAGAAAUGUCUGCGAGAGUUGGAGUGUUGAUCUCAUGCACUGUGGCUUUGGAGUGUCAGAAAGUCAUAUGAAAACUAUAGGCCUACUACUGAAUCACACCUUACAAAUGGCAUUGUCUACUAUUCGAUUCCUUUUUUUUUUUUCCUUUGCUUUUAAACGGAAGGUGAGGAAAGUUGAGAAAUGUUGGAUGCUGCCUUCAUGCUCAUUCACUUUUCUACAUUCAGUGGCAACUUUUGGUGAAGUUGGUGCUUGCUCAUGAACAAAAUAAAGGAUGAUGAGAUGGAAUUAA